UCCCACCCUGCGUCCCGUCAUAAUUGAUGGCGCCAAUGUGGCUCAUACAAAUAUGGGCAGGAAGGAAUUCUCCGCUCAAAAUCUGCGCCUGGCGCUGGAUUAUUUCCUGCGGUUAGGCCACAAAGAUAUAUGCAUUGUUCUGCGUGCCAGCCGACAGCGUGCUCUGGAGGCUGUUUUCUCGGAAGCCGAAUUAAAGAAGUAUUUCUCUUUCACCUCCGUCCGACGUUUGGACGGUGAUCGGCCAAUGGUGGAAGACGAUGACAGGUUAGUUGUUGUUUUUUCUAGUACCCUCCCGUCUUUUUUUCCCUAUAUAUAUUCUCAGUCUUUUCAUAUAUUUCAUCCUCAUCAUGCCUUCCUGUCCUUUCAUUCUUUCCCCUUGCUUCCUCAUUAUUUUUACAUGGUGGUCGUUAUUUUCCCGCUUCCAAAUUCGGAAAUUCUUGCGCCUUUUAUUGGAACGGCUGCUAUUUCUUCGGCGUUUCGUCCCCAGCCAACGUCAUGGUCGAAAUUCAUCUCGGAUAACCACUCGGUUCACAUACUGAACUGCCUACAGAUCCUUCCCCGUUGA